GGGACUUUUUAUAUACUGAUAUACACAACAACUUUUCAGCAGAGAGAAACCUGACACAUACACAUCGAUCUAGCACAAAGCUGUGCAGGGACAUCCUCUUCUUCCACCAAUCUUCGUGGGACCUUCGCAGACCGCUUGGACCUCUCCAUGAUGCAACCUGCAAGUCAAAAAACAGCUUAUCCACCAAAUACAGAGAAGAUGCAACACAAACAUUCUGUUCCCCUUAUCCAACAUGUCCCACUUUUGACUCAGAUGCCAACAAACUUACCGCCUGCAGGAAUGUGGAAUUAUCCUCGUUCUCAAUUACUACAACCAUCGCUUUCUCCACAUUUACAUGGAAUUCUGCCUGUGCCAGUUCAAUAUCGCCCACUGUGUCCAAUAAACAUAGACCCCUACAAUAUAGUUACAUAUCAUAACUUCUUACCGAUAAAAACAAAUGAACCCUGCUCAUCAACAGAGAGACUAUUUUGCCCUGCAACAGGGCAGCUAUAUUGCCCAGAAACAGGGAGCUUUAGUCAACUUACCAACCUCCAUUCUUUGUUUCAUGUCUCACCUCCCCAUGCUGCAUCUGCCCAGCCUCCCGAUGCUAAAUCUAGCCAGCCUCCCGAUGCUAAAUCUAGCCAGCCUCCCAAUGCUAAAUCUAGCCAGCCUCCCGAUGCUAAAUCUAGCCAGCCUCCCGAUGCUAAAUCUAGCCAGCCUCCCGAUGCUAAAUCUACCCAGCCUCCCGAUGCUAAAUCUACCCAGCCUCCCAAUGCUAAAUCUACCCAGCCUCCCAAAGCUAAAUCUACUCAGCCUCUCCAAGCUGAAUCUACCCAGCCUCUCCAAGCUGAAUCUACCCAGCCUCCCCAAGCUGAAUCUACCCAGCCUUCCCAAGCGAAAUCUACUCAGCCUCCCCAAGCUGAAUCUACCCAGCCUUCCCAAGCUAAAUCUGCCCAGUCUUCCCAAGCUAUAAUGACACAGCCUCCCCAGGCUAUAUUUACCCAGCCUUCCCAAGCUAAAGCUACCCAGCCUCCCCAAGCUAAAACUACACAGCCACUCCAAGCUAAAUCUGUCGAGCCUUCCAAUGCUAAAUCUACCCAUCCACCCCAAGCUAAAUCUGCCCAGCCUUCCCAAUCUAAAUCUACCCAGCCUCCCCAAGCUAUAUCUACCCAGCCUCCCCAAGCUAAAUCUACUCAGCCUCCCCAAGCUGAAUCUACCCAGCCUUCCCAAGCGAAAUCUACUCAGCCUCCCCAAGCUGAAUCUACCCAGCCUUCCCAAGCUAAAUCUGCUCAGUAUUCCCAAGCUAUAAUUACACAGCCUCCCCAGGCUAUAUUUACCCAGCCUUCCCAAGCUAAAUCCACCCAGUCUUCCCAAGCUAAUUCUACCCAGCCUCUCCAAGCUAAAUUUACACAGCCUCUCCAAGUUAAAGUUACCCAGGCUCCCCAAGCUAAAGCUACACAGCCUCCCCAAGCUAAAUCUACACAGCCACUCCAAGCUAAAGCUGUCCAGCCUUCCCAAGCUAAAUCUACACAGCCUCUCCAAGCUAAAUCUACACAGCCUCUCCAAGCUAAAGCUCCCCAGGCUCCCCAAGCUAAAGCUACCCAGGCUCCCCAAGCUAAAUCUACACAGCCACCUCAAGCUAAAGCUGUCCAGCCUUCCAAAGCUAAAUCUCCCCAUCCUCCCCAAGCUAAAUCUCCCCAGCCUUCCCAAGCUGAAUCUACACAGCCUAAAAAAGCUAUAUUUACCCAGCCUCCCCAAGCUAAAUCUACUCAGCCUCCCCAAGCUGAAUCUACCCAGCAUUCCCAAGCUAAAUCUGCCCAAUCUUCCCAAGCUAUAAUUACCCAGCCUCCCCAGGCUAUAUUUACCCAGUCUUCCCAAGCUAAAUCCACCCAGUCCUCCCAAGCUAAUUCUACCCAGCCUCUUCAAGCUAAAUCUACACAGCCUCCCCAAGCUAAAGCUACCCAGCCUCUCCAAGCUAAAGCUACCCAGCCUCCCAAAGCUACAUCUACACAGCCUCCCCAAGCUAAAUCUACACAGCCACUCCAAGUUAAAUAUGUCCAGCCUUCCCAAGCUAAAUCUACCCAUCUUCCCCAAGCUAAAUCUGCCCAGCCUUCCCAAGCUAAAUCUGCUCAGCCUCCCAAAGCUAAAUUUGCCCAGCCUUCCCAAGCUAAAUGUGUCAAGUCUUCCAAUGCUAAAUCUGCCCAGCCUUUGCGAGCUAAAUCUGUCAAGGUUCCCCAUGCUAAAUCUAUGCAGCCUCUCAAAGCUAAAUCUGCCAAGCCUCCUCAUUUAAAAUCUACUCAGCCUCCCCAUGCUAAAUCUGUCCAGCCUCCAAAAGCUAAAUCUGUCCAGCCUCCGGAAGCUAAAUCUGCCCAGCCCACCCAUGCUAAAUCUGCCCAGCGCUCCCACACUAAAUCUGACAUAGCUUCACAUAAUACAAAUCAAAAACAUAUACAACCUCAGAAAAAUACACUACAUAUCAAAGAUGAUUAUACACUUUUUUUAAAUGCUGAUUUGAGAGUGAACUCUAGUGAUGGAAAGCAUGAAAAAAGAUGCAACUGUUUGAAAUGCAGGAGAACAAAACCAAAAAAAGGGAAAGAUCUGAAAAUGUCCAGGAAACCCAGAAAUAACCUUAAAGCACAUAUUUUUAAUAAAGACUUUAAUCUGUGCAAAAAUCAAAUAAUGAGCUACAUGGUGCAUGAAAUAAUUCAUAAAACAUUUAAGAGGACCCAUGAUGGGAAUCUGUCACCAUCAGAGCUUCAUACAUUUUUGAACUCAGGCCAGUGGUGGAGAAAAGACCAGCCAUGGACUAUGCGCAUGAAGGAGACAGCAAUAUGUAAGUACAGGAAGCUGAAGCUUGAGAAGGAAAAUCAAAGUGUUAAAAUAGCAGACUGGGAUUUCCUUAUGCACCCUGAGAAGGCUUGGCUGGCAGGUCUUGUAAGGAUGGCCACAAAGACACAUAGCAAAGAAAGCUGGCCAUUGCUGGUGAAGUGUCUACACAAACAUCCAAACAGCACUCUGCGCCAUGCCUGCAAACACCGCUCCUUUUGUUUGACUUGGCAUGAGGGGUCCUACAACCUGAAAUCUGACCAUGAAAACUAUACUGAGUUACAGUGUCUCAUGGCUAUCACUGGAAGAGUAUACGCAGAGCUUCUGGUUCAUACAAACAAGGAGACCUUGAUUCUACCUGUGUGGUUUGAUUUUGAAUGUUGGGAUCAGACAGAAGUCAAAUUGGAGAGAUUCUACAUGGAGACUGUGAUGCCAAUUUUAAAAAAUAAAGAGGCCUGCGAUCAAAAAAAGAUCAAAUCACUGACACCUCCCUUUACUGACUUAUUGCAGGAAUCUGCAACACUUUACACUCACUAAAAUACUGUAAGAACUGUGAUGUGAAUGAUGCAAUAAUCAAGUUUUCAGUCAUUCAAGUGGCGUAUCUAGGUUUGUGCUCCCCUAGGCACACAGAAUUCUGCUGCUCACUGGACUAUAAAUAACUAGAAAGAGACAAUUAGAACCUUAAGACAAUGUUAACAAUCACAUAGGUUUCUAAAAGUGUUCCUAAGAACCGACAGUGCUUGAAAAAUAAUUGUGUUUUUACAUAUUAUAUUAUUUUCGGUGUCUACAUGUUUUUUUCUUUCUAAUACUUGACUUAUGUAGUGACUUGUGAAUGUUUGAAAAAAUAAAUUUAAAUAGAAGAAAGAAUGUUACCUUUAGCAUUUGUCUUACAUUUCCUUAUUUUGGCUGUGACAUUUUCCCGAAAAAAAAAAAACAUUAAAAAAAUUUGAUUGUUUAAUCCCAAAGAUUUAUACUAUAAGUAUUAUUUUUUUUUUCAUGAUUCAGAUAGAGCAUGCAACUAUAAGCAACUUUCUAAUUUACUCCUAUUAUCCUAAGCUUACAUUCCUGCUUUUUUAAAUAAAGAUACCAAGAGAACAAUGAAAAAUUGAUAAUAGGAGUAAAUUAGAAAGUUGAUUAUAAUUGCUUGCUCUAUCUGAAUCAUGAAAGAAAAAAAUUGUGUUCAUAUCCCUUUAAUUCAAAUGAGACAUUCAAAAUAUGGUGAUGUAACUUUCAUUUGAAACAACAAAUGUUAAGUGCAAAUUCAAAUACAUUUUUAACAAAUCA